AUGGAAAACGCCAAGACAGUCCCCGUGCCAUCCACUUCCUUACACAGAUCAAUGUUUAAGAAACAUGCCUACAAAGUCGCAAAAUCAAGACUAAUGAGAAGCAAAUUCGCAUCACCAACUGACAGGUUGUUAUCACCAUGUUCACAAAAACUGAACGAUCAUCGCUCCAAGCUUUUCAAAACGAAAUCAAACCCAACCAAGUUGCAGUUUUCAAAAAAUGAGUGUGAAGAGGAUUGGUAA